UGUGUAACGCCGGGCUGAUGGACCAACUGCAGGCUGGACCUCUCCUCUUCCCUCUCUCCUACGUCUGUCCUGCUGUGCUGCUCUCAACUGCUCCUGUCCUCUCUCGUCACGCUGCAGCACACUCAUUCAGCUCAGGUCCAUAGAAGCAUCAGGUUGAACGUGGGCUUCAUGGUGCAGACCCUGGUCUUUGGGAAGAGGAAGACAGGCAGCCUCUUACUGGCUAGUUCCCUGAGGCUGCUGCAGGCUGUUCUAGAUGUUGACCUGGAGUCUCCAGUGCUGUGUGUGAGUGUUGGCCCCGGGGCAGCACAGAGGCCCCUGAGGGACACAGACAGCUCUCUGUACCCGCUGGGAUCCUACGGGGCCCACUGCCUCAUCACCGCACUCUACGGCCUCCUGCUGCAGAAGCAGGAGCUGUUGCUCAGUGUGUCAGUGAACUGCCUGGGGUCUCUGCUGCGGUUUCUGCAAAGGAGAAGUCCAUCUACAGAUGGGAAAUAUGCAGAUGCUUCAAGACUGCACCCAGACACACUCAUACUACUGUUGGUGUGGUGUUGUGGGAGCCAGACCUGUGUCAGGUGUUGGAGGCGGUGGAGAAGAGAGGCCUGAACAAGCUGGGAGAGAACACAACACAGGCCCUGAGAAAGCUGCUCACACAGGGAGAGGAGGCUGGACCUGGGGGAAUGUUGAGGCAGCCCACAGCUUAGAGGAUGGAGAGUGGAUGAGAGGAAGAAAGAGGAUGCAAGACAGGGGCUGGCAAGAAUGGCUCACCAUCGCCACCUCUUGACCAUGCUGAGUGUGUGUACAGUCCUCCUGGUGGUUGCUGCUGCAGCCCUCUCCUCUGCAGACUCCGACUCCAACCUGGAGAUCUACAAGCGUCUGUUUGAGACCAAGAGGAAAGACCAGCUAAAUGCUCUGAAGAACCUGGUGGAGCUCAAUGACAUCAACCAGCAAUAUAAGAUCAUAGACAUCAUGCUGAAGGGCCUGUUUAAGGUGUUGGAGGACUCAAAGGCCGUCCUUAUUGCAGCCAACAUGCAGGCUGAUGAUCCCUUCCCCAUGGAUGACAAAAUCAAAGAAGCCUACUCCCAUGUGGUGGAGAACACAGCGUUCUUUGGGGACGUGGCGUUGCGUUUCCCACGUAUCGUCCACCACUAUUACGACCGUAACCCUGACUGGGGCGGCCUUCUGCGGUGGGGUCUACGCUUCUGCAACCUCACUGGGGUGUUCACCGGGGGGGCACACCAGCAUGUUCUCUCACUGAUGUCGCAGGAGUUGGGAAUAAUAGAGAAAUCCCCAGACUUCACCAACCCAUACCGCACUGAGAGAGACAACGUGCUUCACACCGCAGAGGCUUUUCAGAAGAUCCUGAGGGAGGAGGAGAAGAGGAGGAGGAAAGAGGACAAGAGGAAAGAGAUUAGGAAGGGGCCCCGCAUCUCCCGCUCCCGUACUGAGCUAUAGUACUUUACCUCAACUCUUGGAGAGAAAUGACGAGGAGAAGGAAAAUGUAGGGGGAUGUCCUGAGUCCUACAUUCAGUGAUGAAGAGGUUGGGUCUUGGAACUGAUGAGUUCUGUCAAAGGGAUAAAGUGGCAGCAGAAAAUUUGAGAGGGAACUAGAAGUGUUUAUGUGGCGCAGGAACAAACUGGAGAGAAGGAAAGGAGGUUGAGCUCCAUCUGUGGAUUCAGACUUACUGUAUACAGAACUGUGCCCAAUCUGCAGUUAUUAUGAAACAAAGAAAAUACAGCUAGCACAUGUUGAAGAUUUAAUAAGGAAAGAUAAUUUUCAUAACUAGAUUACAUAACUGUACUUUGGAAGAAACAGCAAAUACCCAAUAUGUUGUAUUUUUUGUGAAUAGAUUGAAUACAAUUUACUACCAUACAAUUGUUUUGAUGAUGGCAUUUGUACGUAUGAGUUUACAUUCCCAUUCAACAAGCUUUAAAAUAUAAAGCUUGAAUAUGUUGAAUUCUGUUUUGUGUUUAAGUUUUCCUGUCACCUUCUCUGGAGUUAGCAGAUUUCUAUAAGAGAUUUUAUGAGUUUGUUGUUGAAUGGUCCUACUCUAGGUGUGUCCUCUUGAUUUGCGGUACAAGUGUUGAUCGCAGAACCAUUUGUCAUGUCUGCCACUUGCUUUCCUAGAGCUGAAUGCUUUCUUAGCUCUCUCUGUGUGUGACUGUCCGUAUGACUGUUAAAUGGGGUUUGGUCACUUAUGAGUUUGAAUAAAACUAUUUUACAUAUUAUUUUGCCUACCAUUAGGGAGGGAUAAUGUCUUAGAGCUGUGUCUUUUGGCAACCACUCAUCAGCUUAAACUUCUAUAUGUCACAUUUGUUUCUGUCCAUCUGAUGGCCGUAAUGAAAUGUCAGAACAGCAGUCACCUAGAACAAUGCCUUUAAAAAAACAUCUAUAUUUUGGCAUAUCUAGGGAAGAUCUCAAUUCCAUACUCCUCCUGUCCUGUCUCAAAAUCCAUUCAACCAGAAAUCCCUCCUCUCUGACCACCUCCUAUGGGUUUUGAGAAAGCCAGAGGAUGCGAGGAGUAUGCAAUUGGGAUAUUCCCCUAGUGUUUUGUUCCCUCUGACAUUUUGAGGGAAAUUGGCUCAUUUUAAUGCAAAUAAGUUAUAUUCAAUAUACAGAGGUGAUGACUGAUUGAUUUGUUUGUUUUGUAAAUGCGACUAUUUAUGUAUGUUCAGAGAAGUGCAGGCUGGUGGGAGGAGCUAAAGGUCAAUGGGCUAAUUUUAAUGGGUGGAAUGGCGUUAAUGGAACGGAGUUAACAUAGGUUUGUGUUUUAUUCCAUUCCAGCCAUUUUAAUGAGCAUUUCCUCCUAUAGCUGAUCCCACCAGCCUCCUCUGGUUCAGAUGAAGCGUCUCAUUGCUGAGAAUUUACUAUCGUGAGAUUUAUACAUUUUGUUUAAUGUUUAAUAAAAUUAAAUUACUAUGAAUCAUA